AUGUUUUACUGUGCCACCUGUGGUGCUCUAUUUGCAACCGUCCAGCAGCUGGCGCUGCAUCAGCGGACCAACUGCGGCGGCGCGCAACUCGCCUACGCCAGGCAGUUGCAGUACGCCCCAAGCGUCGUGCCCAACCUCCACAACGGCGUGUACCCCGGCGACUUCAAUGUGUUACAGGGCGAUGCGUGUUUGUUGAACCCGUUCCCGGGCGCCGUGCCCGCCGGUGCUUUGAGCGCGCCGGUCUACACGGGCGGGGUGGACAGCAUAGCGCUGGCGCGGCAGCUGACGGCCCCGGCGAUCGCUGGCCCCCCCGCUGGCUACAGCCUCCCCGAAAAGGACUUGUACAUGAAUAACCAGCUGGCGCAAAUGGCGAUUCGACUCUCACGGGCGCAGCAGGAGGUGGCGCAACUUCGGGGUGAGUUGGGGGUGCGGAUUUUGCCGCCGCCGUCCAACGAGUACCAGGACGGCGCUGGACAAGUUGCGCUUUGGAAUAAUCAACAACUGCAGCAGCAAUCUCCCAGGUCGCGGCUGUCGUCGGAUUGGCGUCUAGGCUAUGGAAACGGUGUGGCUUCCGCGCCUGUUGCGCCAUCCAUGUCUUUGCUGGAGCCGAAUAGCUACGCGCUGCUGUUGGACCGCGUGGUUGGUGUCGAUAUUCAGGUCUCAUUAGAGGACGUCGUUGUCGCCGUGGACGAGUACCACCUCCUCGACGGCAUUGACCAGCAGCUGCUGGAGUCCAUCCGGCAACGGUGCUACUUCCCCCUAACAGUUCAAAAGGAGGGUUUUGCCCAGCUUGCCGUCUCGCUUAAGACCCCGUUUGACUUUACAGUUCGGCGCAGCAAUGAGCUACACGUCUUCAUUAUCACCUUCUCGUGCCACGACAAGGUCCUUUUCUGGGCCUCGGUGUGCGCUCGUCAAGAGGGCAUGUGGAUAGCGGCGCUGCGGCAGCCGCCGGUGGACGCCUCGGUCGCCUUGGAGGUGGCGAACAACAGCCUCCCGGAGACGAUGCUGCGCGGGACGAUUCACAGCACCAAGGCAACGGAUGUACUGGCCGCCGCGGAGAAAUACCUGAGCAACGCCGCCGCCCUGCGCCUGAUUCCGGUGGGGAAAGGGCCACAGUCCUCCUCGUCGUCGUCGGGGCAGCUGCAAACCCCGGCCGAGGAGGAGGAGGAACUUCAGCCGGACAUGGCCCUCGUCAAGAGUCGUCUUUGGAAGCUGGAGUUUGACGACAAGGGCACCCUCAUUGUUCCCGCAAAGUUCAAGUCCUCCGCCGCCUCGCAUGCGCGCCUCGGGAAACUCACGCAGGAGUUAGAUAUGGAGGCAAGCGUUUUGCUGCAGGUGCGUGCCGAGAACGCCCCGCUUCCGCCACGCGGACCAGCGGGUCAUGGACCGAACAACGAUGAGGUAAGUUUCUACGUGAGUUACGUCACCGGCCUUCCCCUCAACGCGGCCUACUCGCGCGCCCUCGUGUACCUGAUUGAGCACGUAGACCCGAAUACGGGGGAGGUCAUGAGCAACGCCGGCAGUCCCGCGGUGCUGCUGCGCUCCCCCGACGCGAUCCAGUACCCGAAUAUUGGGGCCAGCGCCAUGUUUCCCCUGUUCAAGGUAAACAUGCCAAGCAUCAUUGUGACAGAGAAAACCCACGCCCUUGUCAUUGUUGAGUACGUCACCCGGAAUGAGGUGGGGCCGUGCGUCUUUGGGCAUGCCGCCUUGCCCAUCCACAAAAACGCGGGGCGUGGCAACUUUGUCUCACGAAUGCGACUGGGGGACCCGCGACGACCCGCGGCCCGUGACGUUUUCUCGGGGGUUUCACUUUUUGCGGAGCGAAAAGCUAUGAAGCAGUAUUCGCAGGAUGAAAUAGAGGACGCACUAAACUCGCAGGCGCUGUAUGAAUUGCUCUUUACGCCAGUAAAGGCUCAUGCGGGGUGCUGCCCGUGUGGUUACAUUAUGUGGUGCCUAGACAGCGACCCAAACGCGCCACACUUUGACUUUCCCCGCGAGCCACGCCCCACGGCCGCGGAGCGGGAACUGUACUUGAUGCGGCAGAAAGUAGAUCAGAGUACUCUGCCGUCUUUCAACGACUGGGAGGAGGCUGUGGCUGCGUUUGGGGGGAGUGCCAAGCCUAUGGGCAACCGGAUCAGCAGAGUUGUGCCGUACAGCCCCGGACGCGGCUUUUACCUCGAUGUGGAGAGUUUGCACGGCAUGGGGACGGACCGCGCCCUCUACGCCGUCGCCGUGGAUUUGGGGUUUGAGGGCCAUGAAGGAAUCACGCAGGCGCUACAGCGCGACUGGGCCUCCGACGCCGGGGCACCGCAGUUUAAGGAGCCGCUGCGCAUGCUGACUUUAGUCGACUACGACCAGUACUGCACGGUCAUCUUUUACCUACUCAAGGUGUCGAACCUCAAGUCGGUGAAGAAGCAAGGGGAGAAGCAGCUCACGGUAGACUCGGUGGGGUGGACGAUGCUGAAGCUGCUAAUAGAGGGGGACGUUUUACGCCACGGCCGGUACGCCCUGCCGUGGUUCGCCGGACUUCCGCCGCCGGAGAUGAUGGAUCAGCUGGAUUCGGAGCCGAUUGAAAAGGUCUUUUCUAGCUGGUUCGGUGCCAAUAAAUUGCGCUUCAUGGAGUCAAAGUCCACCGUAGUGGUUUCCAUCAGCGACGCGGCGGACGUGGAGCAAAUCGUCGCUGACCACCCUGCCCGUCCCUUGCCGGCGAAGCUGUUUGUCCCCGCAGCUGCAAAGGAGUCCUACCCGGCCGGGGUCCAUGAAGGCGCCGUCGGCUACACGCAGCAACGUCUUGUAGAGUCAAUGGGGCUGGAUGUAAAGGACGUGGACCUCGCGCUUGCCGCCUGCGUUGGGGCCUACAUUAAGGAGAAUCUGCGUGAUUAG